AUGUUCUCUGCAAGAAAUUUCCUUCAUUCAACCGCGAAACAAUCCUCUCGGAGCCCUAUAGAGAUGAUCGUGCUCUGCCUGAUAAUCGCCUCAUUCGCCUACGCAUCUUUGUUUCGAUCUCUGAUUGAAUCGGAUUUCUUUAACACCGAGAAUUACCCCAGAAUCAAUUCUGUAAGAGCCAUCUCUCGUCCAAAUUCGAAUGAAUUUGUAACAACCGAAAAACGUGAGUCGAUCAAUACUCAAGCCGUCAGACUUCAGUUAAAGCAAAUCAUAAUCACAACUCAACAAGAUGAUGAAGAAAUAGUGGGCCUGGUGGCUAAAGAGAGUCACGAGGCAGUUAAAUCAAGGAUAAGCAACGUUGGUGGCGGUGAUGGAGGCAUAUGGGAAGAUCAAAAAUUGUCGGAAUUGGUAUCCAAGUUUCGAAGAAGGGUUGAGAAUGAGCUUUUCAUCUUAGACGGUCAUGCCAAAUAUUACUAUAAUGAUGAUUUAUGUUAUAAAUCAAAUGAAACGUGUGUUGCAUUAAAUUCCCUGCCGAUUGGCAACAUCGACUCCGAGAAGAAAGUCACAUCUCUGGUGUUGAACUACGCGCUUAAUGCAAACAGUCCUUAUAUGGCUAAUCUCGCUGAUGCUUGGGAGGAUAAGGUGGUCGGGUUGAAUGUCGAGAAUUUUGUGGUCUUCAAUGGUAAACGAUUGUUUCCUCACGCUGAGAAAGGUUCUUUCGCCUGGCUGGCUUUCGUUGCCGGUAGUCUCGUCACCAACAUUCAAGAACUAAUACAGAAAGCAGACACCAUAGACAUCAUUGUCAUCUUUGCUGGAUAUGUUUUAAUGCAUUGCACCUUCGGUCUACUCUUUGUCAACAUGAGAAAGAUCGGUUCCCGAUAUAUACUAGCCAUGUGCGUUCUAUCCAAUGGUUUCUUUGCUUUCAUGUUCGCCCUAUUGACAAUCAAUCUGUUCGGUGUCUCGGUAAAUCCGGUCUUAUUAAGCGAAGCGAUCCCAUUCCUGGUGAUCACCGUGGGAUUCGAGAAGCCAUUCGCUCUCACCAAGGCGGUACUUACCGCUACUCCCUCAGAUCCCAAUGCCAUGAGCUCCGCGUCGGGUUUGUAUCAAAUCGAAGAAAAGAAGUCCUCGGCCGUACCCUAUAAUGUACGAGAUAGUGUUAUCGCUGGAGUUACCAAGGACGGCCCUAUGAUCGUGAGGGAUUACUUGAUUGAGAUCGCUUUGUUAUUCAUGGGUGCAAUGUCGGGUGCCUCGGGACUGCAGGAAUUCUGCUUCUUGGCCGGUUUCAUCUUAUUGUAUGAUUGCGUAUUUUUGUUCACCUUUUAUACCGCCAUGUUAACCCUCAAGCUCGAGUUGAAGAGAAUAAGGGAAACUCGACCGGUAAAGAAGCCCAAGGAAAGAGAUGAGAUAAAUAGUAGCUCUGCGCACGAUAUCAUUGAAGCUCUACAAGAUAAAACGGUUGAGACCGAGACGGCGAAGAAAAUUGACAACCCCAUGAUUUCCAGGGUUAAAUUGUUGAUUAUUGCGGGAUUUUUAAUAAUGCACGUCCUCAAUUUCUGCACGACACUCCACACAAAUGAUGAUUCGGUUCGAACGCCCCCGGUCACAGUCCACUUUUCACAGGUGCAGACAGUAGACAUCCACGAUCCAUCUGUGAUGACAACGCUUAGCACCAUACAAUCUAUUCAUCGGUCAAGUCCAAAAGCCUUCUUACCAUUGAUC